AUGCGUCUCCUACUUUUCACUCUGUGGAUCUUGAACCGUGGCGCAUCUACUUGGGGCGAAUCUAUCGGGAACGGGAGCGUGGAACGGUGGAAGAGAGGAUUCGAGGGGGAAUACUUGGUGUUUCCAGAAGGAAGCAACGUUCAACUGGUGUAUUGCAUGACCAUCACUACUUACUCCAAGCCUCGAGGAAUGUUCAACAUCGGAUUGACGGCUGGCCAGGCAUGGGAGCUGCCCUCGAAGAGCACCCUGUCCAACAUGUUCAAGGAUUAUCAUCGUCGAAGCAGAAGAGAGCUGUAUCGAAAGUUGGAACUACUUUUGGCAAGCCGGGGCAAGGACGGGAGAGGGUGCGUUUUGAAGGCGAUCUGCAACGCAGCUGGGAGGAGUCGAAGGGACGUUGGGAAGGGCCCUUUCAUGCGGGAGAUUCUCCACGCGGUGUUCACAUUGCCGGCGAAUUACGAGGAUGCUGAUACAACGACCGAGUACGAGAGAGCUUACUUCCUAAAAGAGAAUUGCAACGAAGUGGAGUGGAAAUGUCCGGAUAUGUUCUGAGAGAAUCUUUCUUCUUAAUUUACCGAAUAAUUGUGCCACGG